AUGGCAUCCAAGAUAAUCCGCGUCACAAUGUUCAAGAUACCCCUCGCCGAGAACCAGCAGAAGCUGCUCGGCUGCUACAAGACGCUCGCAGCCACAGCUACCAAGGCACACUCUUUCUUCUACUACAUCAUCACACAAAUCCCCAAAAAUCCGACAAAUCCCACCCUAAAAAUCCUUCUCUCUCUAAAGAAUUUCCUCCUGCAGAACGGCAAACCCUACAUCCUCUCCCUCGAAGCCGGCCCCGCCUACGCCGACGCCCGCUCGCAGGGCUACACGCUCGUGGCCAAGAGCGAGUUCCGGAGCCUCGACGACAUGAAGUACUACGACGAGGCGUGCGAGGCGCAUCAGAAGCUCAAGACAAACGUCAAAACCCUCGGCAGCGAAGGCGUCAUGACAAUCUACUACGAGCCCGAGGUCGCCGUCGUCGCCAGCCAGUAA